AUGUCAGAGCUGGCCUUGAAGGCGGUAAUUCCUCACUCUUUUCCCCCCCUACUCGGCAGCUCGGACUCCGAAGGUAAUUUUGAGACCCCCGAAGCAGAAACGCCGACCCGCUCAGCACUAAGGGAGCUCUCCGAGCCGCCGCCGGGACCGCCGGAGCCCGAGCCCGGGAGCGCAGAGCCAAGUGGCCACGCUGACCUGCUGGCAGGGGGAGGCCGCCAGGACAGCUCACCUGGGAAACACCCCAAAGAUGAGGCUCAACCGGAGAGCGGAGCCCCCAGAGCCAACUCUGAUGCUGAAGGGGAAGCCAGCCCCGAAGACUCAUCCCUGAGGCAGCCCCAGGCUGUGCUGGGGAGCAGGGCUGGCACUGGCUGUGCCCCGGGGCCCCAUGCGGGCAGAGCAGCCCAGGAGCAGGUCAUGUCAAGAGAGGACCCAGUGGACACAGGCGUGGGGCUGGCAGAGCUGAGGGCUGAUGUCCUGGUCCAGGAGCACUCACCCAGCCAGGGCCAGCUCGGGAAAGGGAAACCACCUCUGCUGGGGAGCAAAGCAGAAGAGAGCACAGAGGAGCCCCUGGUGCCCCGGGCAUCCUACGGGUUCGACCCUGAGCAGUACGACGAGAACAUCAACCCCUUUGUGGUCCCAAAACCUGAGGCUGAUCGUGUGGAGGGAGGGGAGAGCCCGGAGGCCAGGAGAGCAGCAUCCAGGAAGGGCAGCAGGAUCCCAGCCAGCAAGGUGACACCGAAGAGACACCGAGAGUCCCCCAAGAAACAGGCUGAGGAUGGGGGGAGGGGUCCCGCGGAUCCGCCACCCCCCCGGGGGUCCCCCCGGCUGGGCCCUGCACUUUGGGACAGCCCUGAGCUCAGCCCCUUGGGUGCCAACCCAGCGCUGCAGAACUCGCCGACUCUCCCCAGGGGCUCUUACCAGUUCGACCCCAAUAACUUUGACUCCAUGGAUCCCUUUAAGCCCACCAAGACCCUCAGCAGCUCCGCCGCUGGCUCCUGCCCCACUGCUGACAACAGCCUCAAUGAAAUCCUGGAGUCUCAGACGCUGGAGGUGCAGGAGGACCUUGUGAAAAGCAGAGACUCCCCGAAGAAGCCCAAGUCCCGCCUGAUAACGACUACUGAACAAGUGAAAUUUCUCUGUUUUCUGUUGAGCGGCUGGAAGGGGAAACCCUCCGCGGACAGCAGUGGGGAUGAGGGAGUGUUGAUCUCAGAAAUCCCAGAUAUUGCAAAUUGUGAUGGACGUGCCACUGAUGAGGAGAAGCUGGCCUCCACCACCUCUGUGCAGAAACCAGCCGGGCUGGAGAAGAGGAGUGAGCCAGAGGAUGAGCUGGAAUACUUUGAGUGCUCCAACGUUCCCGUGCCAGCAGCAAAGCACAGCACAGAGGCAGGCUUUGAAAAGGAGAUCUGCAAGCAGGUGGAAAAAGAUGAGCCUGGCAUCUUCCCCGGAAAUCCUGGGCUGUGCUCCACGGACAAGUCCCCCAUGGCCAUCACUGGUGUGAGCAGGAGUGAGAGUCCCCUGGACAGCAUCUGCCUCAGUGAAUCCGAGAAGACGGCCGUGCUCACGCUCAUCAGAGAGGAGAUAAUCACCAAGGAGAUUGAAGCAAAUGAGUGGAAGAAGAAAUACGAAGAGAGCCACCAGGAAGUGUUAGAGAUGAGGAAAAUCGUGGCUGAGUAUGAGAAGACCAUUGCCCAGAUGAUAGAGGACGAGCAGAGGACAAACAUGACAUCUCAGAAGAACCUGCAGCAGCUCACGAUGGAAAAGGACCAGGCUCUGGCAGACCUCAACUCAGUGGAGAAGUCCCUGUCAGAUCUCUUCAGGAGAUAUGAAAACCUGAAGGGUGUCCUGGAAGGCUUUAAGAAGAAUGAGGAAGCUCUGAAGAAGUGUGCUCAGGAUUAUUUAGCCCGGGUCAAGCAGGAAGAGCAGCGCUAUCAGGCCCUGAAAGUCCAUGCAGAGGAAAAACUGGACAAAGCCAACGAGGAGAUCGCCCAGGUGCGCGCCAAGGCCAGGGCGGAGGGCGCGGCGCUGCACGCGGGGCUGCGCAAGGAGCAGAUGAAGGUGGAGUCCCUGGAGAGAGCCCUGCAGCAGAAGAACCAGGAGAUUGAGGAGCUAACCAAGAUCUGCGACGAGCUGAUAGCGAAGCUGGGGAAGGCAGACUGA